AUGGCUAGUUCAGAUUCCGAUGAGAAGGACGAAGCCACGCCAGCCACAUCAGACAGAAGAGCACCACCAAUAACGGUCCGAGCCGACACAUCCCCAGAUUGCUCUGAGGAUCCGAGGCGGGCUACGGAGAUGGAGGUGGACCAAGCCCCGAGCCAGGAUCCCAACUCUCAAGACAACCCGAAAUCGAAGAAUUCAAAGGAAGGGAUCAGCGAGGUUGAAGGAAGCAACAGUCUUUUCCGACUGCCCUUCCCCAAGAAACUUUGGGGGAUAGUGGAGGACGACGCCUUCCCUUCCGUGCGCUGGAGUCCCAAGGGAGACACCGUGGUCAUCGAGGUCGACCUCUUCCAGAGGCAAGUUCUCAGCCUCAGGGGCGCGGAGAAGAUCUUUGAAUCCGACAGCCUGAAGACUUUCAUCCGUCUGAUGAAUCUCUACGGGUUCUGCAAAAUUCGCUCAGGCACCUCAAUUUGCCGUCCGGGACCCAGAAGACGGAUGAUCUACCGCAACCCUAACUUUCAAAGAAACAAGCCUUCGCUCCUGAAGAACAUCAAGAAAAGAUACAAGUGGAUGACCACCGCUGCUUCUCCAGGGAGCGGCGCGCCACCUCCCAAGACCAGGAAGAGGCAGGUAUCCCCUUCGAGACUCUCACUUGUUAACAUUAGGGAAGGCACCAAAGACAGUAGUGGCGAAACCCAGAAGCAGGCCCCAAGUGCGCAGGGACCCGGUGGCCCCCAGCCAUUCCAGUUCGCGGGUCUGAGGUCCACAGGCAGUGUUAUGAGUCCCCACUGCCCAAAUGACCCAGGUGGCCCCAGUGGGGAGUGCCUAUCCAGGACUGUCCCGUUUGCCCCCAGGUUUCCCGCCCGAACUGAUGGCACAGGGGACCUGGCCACCAGCUGCCUACAUUUCCCACUGGAUCGCGCGGUCAUGUGUUUGUACAACGCCUGCUACUCCAUCCUGACAGCUGUCUUUUCCAUCCUAGGCGAUCGUUGUGAGCCGGACGCGGAGGGCCUCUUGGAUCGCCUGUCCAUCUUCUGCGAGCACAUUCCCGAUGAUCCAGGACCCGGAGCGCCCACAUGA